AUGGGACUAACCGGUGAAGUAAUUACUUACUCAUAUAUAAUCCGCGUUGUUCGUGAAAUCCAAGAUGUGAUGGAAGAACGAGGAUUCACUACACUAAUCGACAUUUCUAGAAUAUUCGAUUUAUCCACGCACCUGGUCAGCAAUAUAGUUGACAAACACAUGUGUAAUGUCCACAAAGAUAGCGAUACUAUCUACACAGAUGUAUAUUUGGAUGAAUUUAGAGCAAAGAUAAGAGGAUACUGUACCGCUCUUAUAGGGCCAGUAACAGUCAAUGUCGCGUCUGCAAAACUAAAUCUUGCUGAGCGUAUCUUCAUUUUUCUUCUAGAGGGACUCAUUAUAUCUGGCGAAGUGAUGGGAAGUCUUGUGGCUAGUGAAGGAGUCUUUGUGCCCUCUUGCUUUGUACACGCUCAGGAUACAUAUAUUACAAAAUUUUUCGAGCAAAAUGGCUACGUUGAAUGGGGUUUUAUUAAGCGACUUGGUAUAAGUGAUCCCAGAUUAUAUCUGCAAACGAAAUUUAAGGAGGCUUCACACUCUGAAGGUAUUAGAAUCAGUGAAUCUCAAUUUGUUCAAAUUAAGGCUGCUAUUGAUGAGGCUAUAUCUGAUUCCUCUUGGGUUGAUCUGAACUUUUAUCUACCAGUCAGUGUUAAUCAGAAAGACAGCGGAGCUAUGAUGGCACCAUUCAUCAAGGGAGGAGAUGCAUGCUUUCUGCAGAAUGCUAUGUAUGUCGUUAAUAAUGAAUUUAAAAAACACUGCAUCUGCAAACUUGAACUAAUCAAUAUGAACAAAGCAGAAGAAGAGGCUCGCAGCAUAGACUAA